AUGUGGAACGACUUUUCCGAGUGGAUUAGAAGGGCUCAAGAUCCAAGUGCUCUAUUUUUACAAGAACUUCAAAGUGAAGACGAGGGGUCAAGCGGAAAGAGAGUCAACCCCAAGAGGAUCGAUCGUGGACUUCGACCUUUGGGCUUCAGUUCAGAGUUGAACGUCGAAAAUCAAGUGAACUACGAGGAUGGGUCAUCCUUUCACGGCGAUGUCAUUUUGGGUACCCCAUUUGGAUUGGGAACAUUCCAAAAGUCGGACGGAACUCUCUAUGAGGGUUAUUUUCACGAAGGAUGUCCCGACGGACUUGUGAAGAUCUCAAGCAAUGAGAACCAUUUCGAGGAAGCCUACUUCAAAUUAGGCCACAAUCUUGGUAUUUACCGAAGAUUAUCGAUGGACAACCGUCUAGAGUUCCGCGUGAAACAAAAACGGCACUUCUUUGAAUUGGUCCGAUUUGAAGGAGGCGGGAUUUUGAUGGGACCUACUGCGUCAAACCGGUCUAGAAUAUUCAUUUACCCAGAUCAGAGAACUGCCAUCGUUGGCCAAUUCGACGACAAACAUCGGGUCAUCAAAGGCUAUUAUGGACACGUUGAUGGUUUUCGUAGAAGUGAGAAUGGCCUUUUUUGGCCAGAAAUUCGAGACCUGAAAACCUUGACAGUUGGGUUCGAAAGGCCAAAUACUUUUUCUUUGGGUACUAACCUCUUGGAACGAGACUUGUAUGAGAAGAAAACUUGUCAAGUGGGCUUAUCAAAGACCCAAGACAACGCUGGAGAAGGCUUGUUUGCCUUAAGAGACUUGAGACAGGGCGAUUUAAUUGCCUUUUUCAACGGCGUUCGUAAAAGGCGCGUAAUUCGAGCGAUGCCCAGUUCGGCCAACUCCGAAGAUUGGUCCGACUAUUCGAUCACGCUCAGCAGAGACAUUAGCCUGGACAUUCCAGAGCCCAUGAGAUCCAUACACAAGUACCAAGCCACGCUCGCUCAUAAGGCAUGUCAUUCGUUUGAGCCCAAUUCAGCUUUUCGUCGCUUUUUUCAUCCACGAUUUGGUUUGAUCAUGUGCAUUAUCGCAAUCGAACACAUUCAGAAAGAGCAGGAAAUAUUGGUCCACUAUAGGUAUCCCAUUAAGAGUGCUCCCUCGUGGUACCAGAGUCAGUGGUAUAGAUAUCUUCGCUAUAAUAGGGGAUGGGAACCAGAGUUUAUUGACCAGUUUGGUUUUGUCGCACAUGACGUACAAGAAACUCUGGAAUCUCUUUCCACUCGUAUCCAAAGUCCCCCAUCACCCGUUUUUAAAUAACGGUAAGUACUGUGAGACUGCAUAGAUUUUGUUCUCGUGCUUUUAAAAUUGUGCAAAUAAGGCUCCGAGUCUGAGAAUUCAUUGUCAUUGUCAUUCUUACUUGAAACGAAAUAAAAGAAGGCCCAAUA